GCCAAGGCAAAGUCUGAUCGAGCGCGAGCAAAGGUCAGUGAGACACUUCUCAAGUCGGUCCAAGCAGCUCGACAAGAGGCGGCACAAAACCGUCGCGAUGAGCAACGUAGAGCCGUGAAAGAGCGCAUAAUGACAGAAGAGGAUCCUGAAAAGGCUCGACGACUUGAAGUGAGGAUUUCCUUAAACCUUGGUUUUAACCUUCGGUUAAGAAAAUAG